AUGCAACGAUCGCCAUUCGCUCCGCUUCCAGCGCAAUCUCCUCCACUUCACCACCCUGUACCGCAACAUGUCUCGACAGUGCCCAUGAUGCGCUCACCGCCGCCUCCAGCUUCUCAGUCGGGGUAUGACAAUCCAUACCAGCCGGCUCCGGCUCAAGGGGGCAGCGGUACAUUUGCGCCCAAUUUUGGAGGGUUCAUGAUCGAUCCGACUGCUCAGAUGGGAUUCCAGGUUGGCAAGACGGCCAUGAUGGCUGGUCAAGAAUAUAUGGAACAGAAUAUAAACCGCUACGUCUCGAUACCCGCGCUGAAACACUACUUCAAUGUCUCCAACUCCUACGUUUUGAGCAAGCUCUCCCUCGUGCUAUUUCCCUGGUAUCACAAGCCCUGGUCACGACAACAAGCUCGAAUGGCCGCCACCGCAGGUCCUGAUGGUCAAUUACAGCAGCAACAUUAUGCCUCUGUGUUCCUUCCGCCUCGCGAGGAUCUCAAUUCGCCUGAUAUGUACAUUCCCACCAUGGCUUUUGUGACGUAUAUCCUGCUCUGCACUGUCAUGGCUGGUCUACGCGGAAGCUUCCAUCCGGAGUUACUAGGCUCUAUCACUACGACUGCUUUGGCGGUCGUUAUAUUCGAGAUCCUUUGCUUAAAGGUAGCCAUGUACAUCCUCGCCAUCAGCAAUGAUUCUCAAUUGCUUGAUUUGGUAGCCUACUCGGGCUAUAAGUUUGUUGGAAUCAUUGUUAUUUUGUUGACUGCCGGGAUUGUUACCCCGGCACGCGGCACUGGUAGCUGGGUCGGCUGGGCUGUAUUUGUAUACACCUUCCUCGCCAAUGCCUUUUUCCUUCUACGAUCCUUAAAAUACGUUCUCCUUCCUGACUCAACCGGCGAUGCCCCAAUGCGUUCAGGCACCAUGCAUACCGUGGCGCGCGGUCAACGCAACCGUCGCACACAGUUCCUCUUCAUCUACUCAUAUGUCGUCCAAUUCAUCUUCAUGUGGGUUCUGUCACGUGAAGGUCCUCCUGCCGCCACAGCAGCUGCAUCUUAA